AUGCUUCGUUUCGGUUCGCAAUCUAUGGUGAGACUUACAGCUCGUUCUACACCUCGUCUUUUCCUCAGGGCUCAAUCCACAAACGCACUAAAUACCGCUCAGACUCCUUUCACUUUUUCAAAAUCCGGACCAUCCGCCAUCAAAUACACUACCCAGCACGAAUGGAUCGCUGCUCACCAAGAUGGCACCGCUUUCGUCGGUAUCACUAAGUACGCGGCAGACGCUCUGGGCGAUGCCACAUACGUGGAACUGCCCGAAAUCGAUACCGAACUAGAAGCUGGUGAUUCUCUGGGUUCCCUAGAGUCUGUGAAAUCCGCGUCCGAGAUAUACUCGCCAGUGGCUGGCACUGUGGUCGAGGUAAACGAGUCGUUGAACGACUCCCCCCAGCUCAUCAAUCAGGACCCACUGGGCGAGGCCUGGAUCGCCAAAGUCAGGGUCAACAGUCUUGAAGACCUGCAAAAAGAGGACCUUUUGACGCUCGAACAAUACGAGGACUCCCUCAAAGAAGACCACUAG